CNACCUUCACUUUCUAGUAUACCCCAAGGAAGAAACUCUGCUUGUAUUCCUAUUCAAACUUGGGGGAAAAAAUAAGAAGAGGUGAAGUUUUUGCAAAAAUGGAAAGCAACAAACCAGGCGGGGGAACGGUGGUGAAACCAUCAAGAUUUAAACGUAUUUGUGUUUUCUGCGGUAGCAGCCCCGGCAAGAACCCCAUCUACCGCCUUGCUGCCGUCCAACUUGGCAACCAAUUGGUUGAAAGGAACAUAGACUUGGUCUACGGAGGAGGAAGCAUCGGGUUGAUGGGUCUCAUCUCUCAAGCUGUUUACGAUGGUGGUCGCCACGUCAUUGGGGUUAUACCUAAGUCCCUUAUGACCAAAGAGAUCACCGGAGAAACUAUCGGAGAAGUAAGACCAGUGUCCGAUAUGCACCAAAGAAAAGCUGAAAUGGCUCGUCAAGCUGACGCAUUUAUAGCCUUGCCUGGUGGCUAUGGAACACUAGAAGAACUUCUUGAAGUUAUCACAUGGGCACAACUUGGAAUCCAUGAAAAACCGGUAGGAUUGUUAAACGUGGAUGGAUACUACGACUCGUUAUUAUCUUUCAUAGACAAGGCUGUUGAUGAAGGCUUCAUCACACCCAUUGCUCGAAGUAUUAUUGUGUCUACUCCAACUGCCCAUGAACUAAUUUCGAAGCUUGAGGAAUAUGUACCAGAUCACAAAGGAAUGGCAGCUAAGUUGAGUUGGGAAAUGGAACAACAAUUAGGUUUUACUGCAAAAUCAGAGAUCGCACGUUGACUUAAUAAAGAAACAGCUUCGCCACUUUGUCAAUAUAUUUUGCUCAUUUGAAUUUAACUUUGUACAAUAAUAGUAUUUCUAUUUAUUAUCCGUUAUA